AUGUCACUUCCGUCCAAAACCCUAACGCGCGCACGUCUACCUCUCAAUCCAAAAAUCCAUCAACAAAAGCGCAAUGCGACGCUCCUACGCAGACCACAAACCCCAUACUCCUUCACCCAACUCGUAACACUAUCGGACGGGUCAACAUAUCUCCAACGAACAUCUUCUCCAGCGCCAAUUUACCGCAGCACAAAAGACACGCGAAAUCACGCUUUAUGGAAUCCCUCUCUCGAUUCUCUGAAAAACAUAGAACAGGAUGAGGCAGGAAGAUUACGGGCUUUCAGAGACAGGUUCGGUCGCGGAUGGGAUCUAGAUGCUGGAUUAGCGGAAGACGCUCCGGCGAAAGGAGAGAAGGUGGCAAGUCAAGGCGGGAUGGAGGAUGAUAGCUUGUUGGAUUUGAUCAGUGGAACUACUGGGUUUGGGACUCCAGCUCCAGAAGAGGUGGUGGAAAGCGCAGCACCCGUGAAGGAGAAGAUGAUUACCAUUAAGGUCGAUGGAAAACUAAAAAAGGUUGUCUCGUUUAAGAAGUGA